GGCUGUUGUCGUGCUGUAACAGGUUCUAGCAGGCGAAAGGUACGUGCGCGGGUGAAGGCGAAGCAGCGAGCCCGGGUGGGCCGGUGGCCGAGUUCCGUGGACGCAUCUCAGGGUGCACUGCCAAGCGUUUCCAGUUGUUCCAAGCUGUUUUUUCAGGAGACGCCGACUCAAACGCUCGCUAGCCCCCGCAAGCUGGUAACAACGCGGUGUGGGUGCCUGUUUAAAUACAAGUGAAUCACUGUUACCAGAGCUCCUGAGAGGCGGUUCCGCUGUACGGCUGCCUUGGCUCCUCAGCUUUUCUCUGCUGAAGCAUCCUGCUCCUUUAGGAAAGAGAGCAGAAAGCAGGUACAUCUUCACCUAGUGUGUCCCGCUGACACACAUGAAGCCAUCCCGUGUGCAUUUUCCUCAGCAGUUAGCACAUGGAGAACAGUUCCUGUAAGGCUUCGGAUUGCCUUCGUGUUCCAGGAUUUUAGCACCGAAAAGGGAUGAGUUGGGUUGAUGCUUCUAAUGCUUACAGGACGUUUCUGCAGUCUCAGUUCCAUAUAGGUUCUUUGAGCAUAAUGAACUGUGAGGCCAAAAUGUGAAAUCUUGUAUGAUUUCUGUCCUCUGUCGUUGUCUAAUUUCUUCAAAAUAUGUAGGAGCUCUGAAACAUCCCUCCCUCAGCCCAGCUGGACAGAAAGACCCCCAUACUUUCUAAAGGAAAGGAACACAGCCAGCCUUUCCUUAGGAAAAAAUAUGAAGCACUGUGCCCUGUGAUACUUUGCUGGUCCUCACUAUCGGAGGAUGGCUGCCAUACUCUGUGAAAAUUGUUCUGGUCAGUACCACUACACCCAGGUCAACCAAUCUUUUGAAAUCAGCUGCAUGUUGCUCCUGAUUGUACUCGGGAAAGUGUUCCUUGAUUUCUUCAUGUUGCAAGUUAAGCAAAAAAAUGUGAAAACUAGUUUUUUGGGAUACUUUUGCAUUUCACUAGCACUUCUUGAUUUCGUACUGCUGAUGAGUAUAUCUUUCAUUUUCUGUUUUGAGGACUUUGCCCUCUGGGGUGUGCGCUUUACAAAGUACCACAUUUGCCUGUUCACUCAGAUAAUUUCUCUUACUUACAGUAUUUUGCAUUACCCGGUGUAUCUUGUGGCCGGUCUGGAUUAUUACAUGACUGUAGCCCAAACCUCUCAAUUUCCUAAAAGAGGUCAAAGAUUACUUUAUGUAUUUGCUGUGGUUGUUAUAUGGAUUUCAGGGUUCUUUUGUAUUCUAAAAGUUCCUGCUAUCUAUGAAGAACUAGAAAUUCAGAACCAUUUUUCCCCUUAUCAGUGCCCUCUCCAUACCAGCAUGCAGAGCUACUCGGUCUCAUGUGCCACGGUGCUGCUGAUAGCCGUGGCUCUUCUGGCUUGUUGGAAGCAAGUUGUAACCAUGCUGCUGUCUGUCAGGGUAGUUUCCUUUGCCGGUCAGCCUGUUCUGAUGUUCCCCUGUGUGUCUAACAACAACGGCACUUGCUCUAAGUGGCAGCUCCUGACCAGACUCCUCAUCUGUUUUCUUGGCACUUGGGCACCUUUAGUUCUUCUUCAAAUUAUCAUUUUGUUUCUCGGUGCUCGGAUUCCAGCCUACAUGGAGAUGAACGUCCCUUGGCUGUACUUCAUCAACAGCUUUCUCAUUGCAGUAGCAUACUGGUGUCGAUGUCACGAUGUUGAACUGACAGAGGAGAUGUGGUCUACAGAUCCAUUUGUCAGCUGGAAAUUCUGCUUUAUGCCAUUUAACAAUGAAAACACAGAGCCAGCCGAUAGGCCUGGCACAGUCAUUGUGAUCUGUUAAUGAGCUGCUGACUGAAAAGACUGCAGAUAAGUCCUGUGCGACAGCAGUGUGUAGUUUGGCGUUCGGUGGCUGUGUCCUUGCAGAUGAUCAUCUGUAGGAAUGGAAACAUCUCCAGAGCUACAACCCUUGGAAAAAAGUCCAGCGUCCACCGGUAUUGUAAUGACUGUUGCACCAGAGCAUGGGACGUGGCCCACUUCCACACUGGUUUCCAGCGGGCAGAAAGCACCUGCCAGCUCAGAGCAUUUCAGUUGAAAGUAUGGGUUUACCAAAAGAGCGCUACUUAUAUACGUUUUCAGUUAAACCCUAUGUUUAUGGCUAGAAUUUUACACUUCCUUUAAAGGGAACAAACUCAGGUUUUAUAGUACAAAAUGCAAUAAAGUCUUCUUCAAAGCUGGA